AUGGAACAUAAAAUUAAACAUAUCAUAUUUAUUAAAAUAUUUGCUUUCAUCUUUUUAUUUUGGAUAUGUCAUUUAAAGAGUUAUAUGAUUAUUUUUGAUAAAUCUUUUGAAGAGUACUACAAUAUUUGUAGAAAAUUAGAUACAAGAAUUUUUCGAUCACUAACAAUAUAUAAACAUGAUAAAGAUUCAUAUAUUUUGGGAUUAAAACAGAAUAUAUUAAAUAAUACAGAUUACAAAAAGAAAAACAUAAUUAUUAAUAAAAAAGAAGCCCCAUUUAAAAGCAAAAAAUCUAAUAAAAAUUUAUUAAAUAAAGCGCAAUACUACACCGAAGUUACAGAUUAUAGCAAUGGAAUUUUUGAUGGAAAACAUUUUCAUUUUGAAAAAAAAUGGAUUAAAAGGAAAAAUUACUCUCAUUUUCUAGAAAAAAAAAGAAGACUUUGCGACAUAGCAUUAGGAAAAAUAAAAUUUAGACAUUAUAGAUAUGGAGUUGGUUUAUUUUUAAUUUUUAUUAUGUUGGGAAUAUUAUACAUUAUAGGAGAUAUUUAUGUUUCAUGGGAAAAAGUAGGGGGUAAAAUUAGAGUAAAUUUAGAAUCGAUUAUUAAAAUUCCAGUAAGUUUAGAUCCUUAUACAUGUGCAAUAUUAUAUGCCAUAGAUAUUGUUAUAUUUUCAAUUUUAAUUAUAAUAACAAUACCUAGGAUCUUAAAAAAUAAAGAGAUAUAUAAUAAACUUAAGUUGAUGAAUGAGUAA